AUGUUCGCAAGCCGGGCUCUUGCCAAAGCUCGGCCGGUCAUUCGCUUACGGAGACCCCUCCCGCGAAGCACUCCAAUCGCCCGCAAUUCCACAAACUCGAGCAACCGCGCCGCCGAACGCAUCCUCGACCGCGUCCCUACACGCUUCCAGCGAUACACCUCGGGUUUGAGAAAAGCUCCGCUGUCGCACAUUAUCGCUUUUCUUAUCCUCCACGAAAUCACUGCCAUCGUCCCCCUGCUCGGCCUCUUCGGGCUGUUCCAUUACACCAACUUCCUACCGCUGGAAUACGUGACGGGCCACUGGGCUGGCUACGUACGUGAUGGCGUGGGCAAGGCAGAGCGAUACUUUAGCCGAAAAGGCUGGUUUGGCUUUGGGGCCGAGGAUAGGGGCACGAUGACGGGCGAGCUGGACGCGAGCGGACCGUACGAAACACGCGAGGUGGAGAGGAAGUGGGCAAAGGAGGAGGGGAUUGUCACGGGGAGCUUCCAGUAUACUACGACAGGUCCUACGGAGGAGUCGGCGAGGAGCACGCAAGAUGUUUUGGAGAGGUGGCAGAAGGAUGGGAAGUAUAAGGUCGUGGUCGAGGUUGCAAUCGCUUGGGGCAUCACCAAGGCGUUGUUGCCCGCGCGGAUUUUGGUCAGCGUGUGGGGAACGCCAUGGUUUGCUGGUGUGAUGGGCAGGGCGAGAGCUUUCUUCAGAUCAAGUAGAUGA